AUGGGUCCCAGAACUCCUCCUGACUGCUUACCAAAAUCAGAAAGUGACACAGAAAAAGAAAAAUGGGAUUCCUCUAAAGAAGAUCCCAUAGCACCUAACCUAGCAACAUAUUUUGUGAGUUGUCUGUCAAGUGAAGUUUGGAAAACCUUAUGUCCUAAUUCCUUAAUGUCACUUUUGGCUCCAAGUACACCAGUCCACACACCCGGAGAGACACGUCUAAGAAUCUCCCAUUGUUGCUAUUGUGUCCCUAAACUGAAACCAAUUGCUGAAUGGCCCCCUCUCAUCUUUUCUUGAGUGACAUUUUAAAAACUCCUUAGAGGCCCUGGCUAAUUCUCUAGAGAUUGUACCACUCUAAAUGGAGUGUUCCAGUUUGAAACCAGACAGUUAAGCAAAACAUUGAGUAAAGCCACUCCCAUAACCAGAUAUUUAGAACAGAUUCCUGAUUCACCCGCUGCUAGUUGUCACUGUGACUGCCUAACUAAAUCAGUUAGGGAAAUAAGCCACACUGCACCAUACACUAGUUGCUCCUACACUGACUAAAAGGCAGCUAACAAACUCCUAACUUCAUCACUAUAA